UUCUCUUCUCGAUCGUCUUCAAGUCUUCGAAGGUCGGAUCGGGUUUCGGCAACGGACGCCCUGGAACCCGACCACCGAACCAUGACAAGCUCACGUCAGAAGCGGAAUUUCGCAGCUAUCUUAUGUCGGAGCCGAAGUGGAAAGUUAUCAGGUACAUACCUAUGGUCCAUGCAGCGUGUGAACAAAGGUUCAGGCCAUUGCUGCAUGGUCAUCGCACUGCAUCGGACUCUGACGCUCUGCACUUUGAGAAUGUCAGCGAUGACUCAAGAAGCAGCUGUGAUUCGUUCCAGUCGCGAAUUGCGAACAAAAACACCCUGGACCUGGAGGUGGAGGCUGGACGACGUCCCAAGUUCACAACUCUCCCAGGGCUGGACGAGCGAGCAAGGCGACGCGGGGCGGAGAAGCGCUUACACAGUACGUACUGUACCGCCUUACAGUACAGUGUACUCAGGGCCGGUGGUCGGCAUUUGACCCUGGAGAAGCCCGAUGCGUGUAUCGCUAAGUACCUCGAUGUACCAAGCUCCCCACUUCGGAGAGCGUUAUGGGACCAUCCUCCCACGAUCGAAACCUCUUCUCACGCCGCCUUUCACUUGCCUCUCAAGCUUCCCGACGUGCUUCUUCCAGCUCCACUUCGCCUCGCUGAUGCUUUGCCGUCGCUGCAUUGCUGCCGCGAGUCGUUGCUCGUCCUCCUUCCUAUGUUCUAUGACGCAUUUCUUUGCUUGCUUCCCAGUUUGUAACGCUCAGGUAAAUCGGGGCGGGAGCGGAUCAGAAGCUCAGGGAUCGACUAAUAAGCGAUCCGCCAAAGUGGAAAGCGGAGCGCCAGAUAGAAUCAUUCUUUGAUCAUCAGGACGCAAAAGUCGCCUGAAUAUCACCGCAGCAAUGGUGAUCGAGGGCGGGACCACCUACCCUUGUCCAGGAAUACGUCACAUGUCCACGUACAUAGACACCCAAGCCCGAGCACAUUUACCAGCAGUAGUAACUCCAUGGCUGUCCAUUUCUUAUUAGCAGAACAAUGACAAGGAUAAGAGCCAAUCCCAUGGCCCCUGGCCCCCCGGUUGUCUUGUCUGUGUAUUACACAACAGCA